UUCGGAUUUGUUUUUAUUUUAUUUGAUUGUAUUUUUUUGGUGGGAGGAAGGGGAAGAUGAGGGUGGUGAAAGUCAAUUGCCUACCUUUGCCUCGUUUUCCAUGUCCCGCCAGUAGUCUCCCCGAUUCGGCAGCCAUUUAGCUAACACUACUGCCGGUGAGGUGGCGUGUCACCGUUCAUAUGCAAGAGAAAAAGGGGUUAAAAAUGACCGCGGUGGCGGCGAGGACGACGUCUACCACCUCGGGGACAUGUCGCAACGACACACGGGUUCUAGUUGGGUGACUGGGCCAGGUCUGUCACGCCGGGAUUUGGACUCCAAAUCUACGCCAGGCUCAGUCUGAAGCGUCGGUGCGACUUGGGAAAAGUGUAAACGCCAUCCUAGGAAUGAGACCACCAUUCAGAAUCAAGAAAAGGAAGAGAAGGAGGACUGAGGUGCAAGAUAAAUCCCAAAUGGGUUAAGUAAGGAUGGUUGUUAAUUGGUAUUUGUCAGAAUUAGGCAUAAAAUCUGUUGAUUUAAAGCUUAGGUGGCUUUUUCAAGUAUUUCUAACAUACUUUAAGGGAUUUUUUUGUCGGCCCAAUAGAGGACUUCAAGUAGCAGCCAUGGCGAGAUGGUUCAAGGAGUUCCCCAUCAACCUGAAGAACGGUACCAAAACGUCCGCCUUCAAGACGAGUCAAAGCAAAAACUCCUCUGUGGACGGCGGCGGAUUAGUUGGCACCAUGCUCCUACCCGGACGGAACCGCAAGAAUUCGCCCAGGGAGCUUAGCAGGGGACAGAAAGAUGGCAAAGUGUGGGAGGGUCUCACCCUGGCCGGUAAAGGCCACAAGAAUUCCGGAACAGAACUGGCGGUGGUGUCGGAGGAGGUCAGGAACGGGAAGAGCACCCCAAGUUGCGCUUACAUCAGCAGAAUGAUCCGUGUGGACACGCUGGACAAGAGCCCCAACUUUGACCCCGGUACCGUCACCGGUCACCAAGCGGUGCCAGAUGCAGACAAACAAGACGAGCAGUGCAAAAUGGACUCGGUAACGAUCCUGGAGGACUACGCGGACCCCUUCGAUGCCCACCAGACGAGACAGCAACGGGAAUCGGAGCGAGCGGGCGACAAUGACGGCUACAUGGAGCCUUAUGAUGCCCAGCAGAUGAUCACUGAAAUCAGACGCCGGGGAUCCAAAGACCUCCUGCGAGUGCAAAUGGAAGUGGGUGAGAUCCUAAUGGAGGGGGGUCAGCCUGAGGGAGGUGGAGAAGGCGAAGCAGCUCACUUAGACAGCUCCGAGGGGCCUCCCAAAAACGAUUCCCCCCGGAAGCAAACGCAGCAUCGUCAGCACAAGAGGCAGAAAAGCUGGACGCAGAAAAUCCUGAGGCCCUCAACGCAGACCCCGUCGUCCUGCUCGAGUACCGGAAGCACCCCAGAAACUCUCACCUGCUCUGUCGACCCCACACGACCCCUGGAGAAACAGAGCUGGUACCAUGGUUGUGUGACCCGUCAGGAAGCCGAGCUUCACCUGCUGACCUGCAAAGAGGCCAGCUUCCUGGUCCGAAACAGCGAAACGGACAGCACCAAAUACUCCAUCGCCCUCAAAACAAGUCAAGGCUGCGUCCACAUCAUGGUGGCGCAGACCAAAGAGAACGGCUUCACUCUGGAGCAGAACAGCUGCGUGUUCCCCAGCAUCCCGGAGGUGGUGCACCACUACCGCACCUGCCAGCUGCCUUUCGACGGUGCCGAGCACAUGACCCUGAUGCACCCCGUGCCUCGCAGCCUUUAGCCCACCCGCCAACGUCACCCACAUCCCACCCGCUCAGGUCUACGACAUCACCUCGGGGCCUUUACGGACCUAAAGCGCCCAUCCAAAAUGUGUGUAUUUAAGUAAAAUUAAAUAAUAAAAUGACAUUUUCAUUCCAAAAAUGUCCUUUGAUUCACACAAAAUGCUGCUUUUUGACAGCCAGAGUUGAGUGUUGCAAGUUCAACUGACUCUCUGCUUUCCUCUGGUGGCCAUGCUUCAUUACUACACCACCUUUCCCAACAACAAAGAACUGUUUGUGCAGUUACCGCAGGAAAAAAAAGAAAGAAAGAAAGAAAAGAAGCCAUGGAAUACAACGUCCGUUAUACUGCUUAGAGAUAAGAUAACACAGGGCAGCGAUUUGACGAUGGCUCGGAGCACUAAGAAUCAUAAAAGGACUGGGUCUAGGUCACCUCUAGUUCAAUAAACGCUCAAACAAUCUAACUUGAUUCAAAAUAUACUUAACAAAUAUAUAUUUAAUUGAAAUUCUUUUCUGUAGUGGGGCCUUUCGAGAUGUGGCCCUGCUGUGAAUUAGAACGCAGCUCUUAAUGCUGUUUUCUGCCCAAAUUUUAUUUUUUCAUAAAAAAAAAAAAAACAAAACAAGGACAUUUUAACAAAUAAUAAAAAAAAAAAAAAUCAAUAUGAUUUUGCAUUUUUUGUUUGUUUGUUCCACUACUGAAACGGUUAAUAGAAGGAAUUUUGCACCUUUAAAAAACAUCCCCCGAUGUGAUGAGUUACAUACAGCGGCUAUAAAAAAAAAUAAUAAUAAUAAUAAAACAAAUCUACACACCCAUGUUCGAAUGCUCGGUUUUUGUGGUAUUAAAAAAUAACUUUUUCCACCAUUAAUGUACAACCCCAAUUCCAAUGAAGUUGGGACGUGUU